GAAAGGAGAAAAAAAUAACAAAAGAAGUGCCUCUUUGAAAAAGUGAAAGUGUAAAAAAUUGUUUUUUAAAGAAUAGAAUAAAUUUAAAUAAAAAUAAUGAACAUAUUAUUAAUUGUAAUGCACAUGCUAAUGGCCCUCAAUUGGCUUGUCCAUGGCAAAACGACGCCAACCUCAGCGAAUAAAAAUCUCUUCCUAGAAUGUUCUUGUUUACAAGCUCAAGAUCACAACGGCACAUCGAAGAUGCCAACCGUUGUUGCUGUGAAUGCUUCAAUGGCUCGUCAUGCCAAAAACGAUUGCUACAUCAUCUUCGUCAUUGGAACGAAUGAGGAAAUCAUUUCAUUGCGUUUUCAACAUUUGCAUCUAAGACCCAACUGUUUGGAUUACAUUGAAAUUUUUCCAUAUUUACGUGAAGCAGUUGUUGAGAACACCACACAGCCUGAGUAUAUAUUCUGCAAUUACAGCACCACAGCCAGCACGACUGCCUCCUUUCAUGUAGCGAAAUCCAACAACAUUACCACAAAUGUCACAACAACGUCACCACCACCACUAAGUAACGCUACUGCAACAUCCAGUCCUCCCUCUGGCAGCAUAUCUAAUAUUGGCCACCUUCCCAAUGUGACAACGCUUGGCAACAUUUCUACCACGACCCUCAUGAAUUCGCAUGAUUUAUCACCUCAUCAAUUUAUUUAUAGUUCAGGCAAAGUGUUUGCUGUGCGUUUACGUUUCAAUAACAAACAACUGCCCCCAUCGCCAACACCUCUGCCGGCGACAUCUUCACCAGGCGAUAAGGAGGCAAAGCCAUUGCAAGAGAAAAUCGAUAAUUGGAAUUUGAAUGUCACCGUUGAAUAUCGAUUUUUAAAAAAGGAACGCUUUAAGAAUGAUGGACGCCUUAUACCCGGCACCUAUUGCGAUUAUUACUUCUUUGCCAAUCCGGAUGUUUCACCCAAAGCACUGGAAAUAUGGAAGAAUUUUCAUUCCCCACGAUUUCCAGCCAAAUAUCCUGCCCACAUCAAGUGUUCAUAUAAAUUUAUAGGAAGGCCUGAAACCCGUGUUGAACUUAUAUUCGAAGAAUUGGAAAUUCCCAGAGAUGGUGAAAGUUGCAAUUUAGACAAGCUAACCAUCUUCGAUGCUGAAUCGCUCAACAUGAACGCUGUAAUCGAUGUCCUGUGUGGCAAUUCGUCGAGCGGCAACCGACACAUCCUCAGCACGGGGCCGGAUCUUUUAAUCGAAUUCAAUGCCAGUUCCAAUGUAACGGCAAAAGGAUUUCGUGGCAAAUUCAAAUUCAUACCAAAUAAUGAAAUUAUGGAAAUGAAAAAGACCAACAAAGCUACAGAUAUACCAUUUGUGGCGGAUAUGUAUAGUGGAGGUGGUGGUGGUGCAGGAGGUCUUGGUGGUGGUUUAGUUGAAGCUGAUACCAUUAUUGGCAAUAGUUUAGCUGGAAUAAAAAUGGACAACAAUGUCAUUCGAGGCAGUGGCUCAACUGCACGAAAACAAAACUUAAUGGCUUUCAAUGCGAUGGACAGCAACAACAAUGCAAAAGUUUUUAAAGGUUUUUCAAAGGAGGGAAACUUUCGGGAGAUCUUCGAAUCGCGCUACAACAAAUCCGGUACAUUCGACACAAAUCAUUUGUUCUCGGCCUCACGUUUGACAAACCUGAAUAUGGUGUCAUCGGCAUCCUUAAUAAAUACAGGACGUAUCGAAUGUAUUUAUGAAUUUUAUGCCAGCAAUCCAAAUGAACGGGUACAAAUUAAGUUUUUGGACUUUAAUAUACCCACGGAUAAAAACUCAACGGAUUGUAAACCAAAUGAUUCGCUGCAGUUGUUGACGCAGGUGAAGGGGAAAUAUGAAGUUAUGGAUUGGUAUUGUGGUGCGUUUCUACCCAAACAUAUUAUGUCAACGGGACCAAAAUUAACAUUACAAUUUAUUGGAAGAUAUCCCAGUGGUCAAACGAAAAUUGGAUAUUAUGGAUUUAAGGCGGAAUAUACAUUCCUGACAAAUUACGGCAUCUCUACGGGCAUUCAAUUGGGAAAUAACUGCAGUUUUGCAUACAACAGCACGGACAAGAAAAUGGGCUACUUUACAUCGCCAAAUUUUCCAGGACUCUAUCCGAAAAAUAUCAACUGCGAUUAUUUCUUUCAUGGUGAAUUGGAUGAAAAAGUAAUAAUUCGUUUCAGCUACUUUGAUGUGGAGGGCGUCGGAAGCAGUUGUGAAUAUCUCACCGCCAGUGAUUAUGUGGAAUUCUCCAAUUUCCUUAGUACCGAUCGCAAGUUCCCGAAAUAUUGUGGCAAACGUGAUAAAUUCGAAAUACGUUCAGAUGAUCGCUUCUUUCGUGUAUCUUUCCAUUCGAAUGAUCGUUUUGAUCGCAGUGGUUUUCGUGCCUACUAUGAAUUCGAGGGCAAAUCAACGCCAGCAGAAAAUACUUCAGUACAAAGUUAUGUUUUUAAUCAGGGAACCAAUUUUGAAAGGGAUUAUAAAGAACUUAUUGCAAUUUUAUUUAUAGUUGUGAUAGUUUGUAGUUUAGUGUGAAAGAGGAAACUUGAAAAUAGUUGUUCUGAUUUUAAUAAAACUGUUGUGGAAUAUUGAAAAA